UCACAGUCUUGUUGGUUAUCAUGUAUAGUAGAGCAGUGGACAACCAAUCACAUUGGAGUAAACUUAUCAUUUUCAUUAUAAAUAAUUUGAUAACAUUGAUAUGAUUGUGUGUUAUGGAGUGGCAGUGGCUUAAGGAUUGGUGGCGUUUGAAACGCUGGAGGAGUAAGAAAAUAAAAGAACUGAGUGAUGAUGAGUUUUGUUAUUGUGAUGAAUGUUUAGCUGAUGGCGAGUUGGAUCUGUGCGAAUCAUUAGACCCCAAUGGAGAUGGCGGUAAGAAAGUGGUGGUUGGCGUCUGCGCCAUGGCCAAGAAGUCGCAAUCGAAACCAAUGAAGGAGAUCCUCACACGCCUCGAUGAAUUCGAGUAUAUUAAAAUGCUCGUUUUUCCUGAGGAGGUUAUACUCAAGAAACCUGUCGAAGAGUGGCCUAUAUGUGACUGUCUGAUCUCAUUUCAUUCUAAAGGAUUUCCGCUUGAUAAAGCAAUACAAUACGAAAAACUUCGUAAACCAUAUGUUAUAAACAAUCUUCAUAUGCAAUAUGAUAUACAAGAUCGUAGAAGAGUAUACGCCAUUUUAGAAAAUGAAGGAAUAGAAAUUCCUCGGUAUGCUGUUCUUGAUAGAGAUUCACCAGAUCCAAAACACCACGAGUUAGUGGAAUCGGAGGAUCAUGUGGAAGUAAACGGUGUUGUAUUCAACAAGCCGUUCGUGGAAAAGCCGGUGUCGGCUGAGGACCACAAUAUUUACAUUUACUACCCGACUUCCGCGGGCGGAGGUAGCCAGCGUUUGUUUAGAAAGAUCGGUAGUCGUAGCAGCAUAUAUUCGCCAGAAUCGCGAGUCCGUAAAACUGGAUCAUUCAUUUAUGAAGAUUUUAUGCCUACUGAUGGAACAGACGUAAAAGUGUAUACAGUAGGGCCAGACUACGCCCACGCAGAAGCGCGUAAGAGCCCAGCUCUCGACGGUAAAGUUGAGAGGGACUCAGAGGGCAAAGAGAUUCGCUAUCCAGUCAUAUUGUCCAACCAGGAAAAACUUAUUUCGAGGAAAGUCUGUCUGGCCUUCAAACAAACUGUUUGUGGAUUCGAUUUGCUAAGAGCUAACGGAAAGUCUUUUGUGUGUGACGUGAACGGAUUUUCUUUUGUGAAAAAUUCAAAUAAAUAUUACGAUGACUGCGCUAAAAUUCUUGGUAAUAUGAUCUUACGGGAAUUGGCGCCAACGUUGCACAUACCGUGGUCAGUCCCGUUCCAAUUAGAUGAUCCGCCCAUAGUGCCCACUACGUUUGGGAAAAUGAUGGAGUUGCGUUGUGUUGUCGCCGUGAUCAGACAUGGAGAUAGAACACCUAAGCAGAAAAUGAAAGUUGAAGUUCGACACCCUAGGUUUUUUGAAAUAUUUGAGAAGUAUGAUGGGUUCAAGCGAGGUCAUGUAAAAUUAAAAAAGCCCAAGCAACUGCAGGAAAUUCUUGACAUCGCUCGCGCACUUUUAGCGGACAUACAUACAAGACACGCUGAUCCAGAAAUCGAAGAAAAGCAAGGGAAAUUGGAACAACUGAAAAGCGUACUAGAGAUGUACGGGCACUUCUCGGGCAUCAACCGCAAGGUGCAGAUGAAGUACCAGCCGCGCGGGCGGCCGCGGGGCUCGUCGUCGGACGACGGUAACGCCCCCGCCACCCCCGCAGCCCCCGCCACACCCGCAACACCCGCAACACCUGCAUCCGCUGACGUAGGGUGUGCCGGUGAACCUUCAUUGGUGCUGAUAUUGAAGUGGGGCGGAGAACUGACACCUGCGGGGAGAAUACAGGCUGAAGAGCUGGGCAGGAUGUUCCGGUGUAUGUACCCUGGUGGCCAGGGUCGGCAUGGCGAAGCGGGUACUCAAGGUUUGGGGCUACUCCGUCUACACUCAACAUUCCGUCACGAUCUCAAAAUAUACGCCUCAGAUGAAGGUCGAGUGCAGAUGACAGCUGCUGCCUUUGCCAAGGGUCUGCUAGCGCUGGAGGGAGAACUUACGCCCAUUUUGGUACAAAUGGUCAAAUCCGCCAACACGAAUGGAUUAUUGGAUAAUGACUGUGAUUCUUCUAAAGUACAAAAUAUGGCCAAAGCGCGGCUACACGAAGCGAUGCAAGCGGACCGCGAGUUCACGGCGGAGGACCGCGCGCGCAUCAACCCGUGCGCGUCGCUCAGCAUCAACGCGGCGAUGGACUUCGUGAAGAACCCCGUGCGGUGCUGCGCGCACGUGCACGCGCUCAUACAGCAGCUCGUGCGCAUCGUGCUCACCAAGCGGGACGACCCCAAGACCAAGGAUACGGUACUCUACCACGGAGAAACGUGGGAGUUAAUGGGACGGCGCUGGGGCAAAAUAGAGAAGGAUUUCUGUACUAAAAAUAAAUCUUUUGACAUAUCCAAGAUCCCUGAUAUUUACGAUUGCAUCAAGUACGACCUGCAACACAAUCAGCACACGUUGCAAUUCGAUCUUGCUGAGGAGUUAUAUAUGUACGCCAAGUACUUGGCCGAUAUAGUUAUACCACAGGAAUAUGGGUUAACAAUGCAAGAGAAGUUGACAAUAAGUCAGGGUAUAUGCACACCUUUGUUGAAGAAAAUUAGAGCCGAUCUUCAGAGAAAUAUUGAAGAGUCCGGAGAAGAGAAUGUUAACAGAUUGAAUCCCAGGUACAGCCACGGCGUGUCGAGCCCGGGGCGGCACGUGCGCACGCGGCUGUACUUCACCAGCGAGUCCCACGUGCACUCGCUGCUCACCGUGCUGCGGUUCGGCGGCCUGCUCGAUGUAGUGAAAGAUGAGCAAUGGCGCCGCGCUAUGGAGUACGUGUCUAUGGUGUCAGAGCUGAACUACAUGUCACAAAUCGUUGUGAUGCUGUACGAGGAUCCCACUAAGGACCCCUGUUCAGAGGAGAGAUUCCACGUGGAGCUUCACUUCAGUCCGGGUGUGAACUGCUGCGUGCAAAAGAACCUGCCGCCCGGACCCGGCUUCCGACCACAUUCCAGGAACCAUUCUACUGCCAAUAAUGAGGCAUCUUCUCCUGACGAUGUGAAAUGUAUCGAAGAAGAGGCAGAAGACGAUCAAAUGGCGAGCCAGGAAACUUUACAACCUGACGUCAUCGACGAAUUGGAUAGCACUUUUACGCCAACUAAAUCCUCAAAAUCAAAACUUCGACCGUCGGAUCCAAUACCUAUUUGUAAUCUGCACUACACGGUGAGCGGGCACGAGGCGUCGACUCUCGCGGCGCGCCUCAACGAGGAGCUGCGCGCGCGGAGCCACACGCACACCGACACGCGCCCCAUCGCACAGAGCGAAGAAAAAGUAACGAAAGACGGUGAGGAGCCGCAACCGCGUGCCCGAAGCUACGACCAGCACAAGCAGGCACACGACAAUGGGCGGCGCCAGCGGCACAGCAUCGCCGGCCAGAUGAGCUACCUCAAGAUGCUGGGGCUGGCGCGCGGCAAGCUGGCGGGCGCGGCCGGCCUCUUCAGCACGGCCGUCAUCUCGGGCUCCAGCUCGGCGCCCAACCUGCGCGUCAUGAUCCCCUCCGCGGCCAACAACAACACGGCGCUGGAGGGGUUCGGCGGCGUGCCGGCGAUCCGUCCGCUGGAGACGCUGCACAACGCGCUGUCGCUGCGCCAGCUCGACGCCUUCCUCGAGCGGCUCACGUGCGCGCCCGCGCCGCCGCCCGCACACAGUGUAGGCUGGAGCGGGCCAUCGUCCCUCAUGUCGUCAUCGGGUGAACUAACCUCGGGCCUCUCCUCCGCCGGGCCCUCCUCGCCAAACUCCAACUACGCGGGCUCCGAACAGAAGAAUAACUCGGAGAGUAGCAAUUGGAGUAAAAAUGUGCCGAGCAAGCUCCCCCAGUGGGACGGCGAGGCGGCGACCUUGUGCGCGUUCGAGGGCCUGCGCCCCGCGCCCCUCGCCGACAGGCUCACAGGUUCUUCUAUUAGCGGCGACGUGACGCCGGUGUCGGCGACCUCCGAGCUCGAGUUCAACAGCAACGAGGCCACCGCCGGCUCCAUCACUGAUCACGAUAUUAUGAGCGCUGAAGGUGAGGAUGACGAAGAGACACUAUCAGUGGACGCUUGCAGUUCGCCCGUCAAGAUCAUACGUAACGACCUCAGCCCGGCGCCCAGCAACCCCGCCCUACGGCUCAGCGCCACCCUCACCAGCACCUCCCUGGAACUGUACGGCCUCACCCCGCAACAAACGAAGGAAGCCUUCUACAAGGACAUCCCGUCCAGCAGCAAAAACUUCAAAAAGGACGACACCAAGAAAUGCAACAAGGACCGCAUCCAAUGCCUCUCCAACCUCGACUCGCUGAACUUGAGCACGCUCAAGUGCAAACUGAACAACGAUCCAUCCAACCCCAGACGGUACAGCGACAGCAGCGCGCAGAAGAGCAACGCGGCUCAAACGGUCGCAGGCAGUCGGUUCACCACCACCCUCGUGUCCGAGGACUGCCUCAGGGCCAGCGCUUCCGGUGAGAGCAAAUCCAAUAAUAACAUUGCCGACACCGUGUCACAUGAACCCUCCACACUCAAACCCCUAGUGACUAAAGCUAAGAACACUAACGUCAAACCGGGCUUUAAUAUAACAGAUAGCGAUUGACCCGUGCGAUUUUCGCAGAUGACAAUUCUAGAUGAUUAUGUAACUUCACGUAUACUAAUAUUGAAUUGUGUAUGAUUUAUUUUCGCUUUAUACUGACUAUGUUGACACAAUUAUUUAAUCUUUUUUUAUAUAGAGAAGAAACUGUAAUUGUUAAUAGAGCUGUGAAAUUUUCAGAUUGUGAACAUCUACCUGACUCAAAGGAUCCAUUAAUAGAUUAAGUGCAAGCUACGUAGUGUAUUGUUAUUAACUUAUCACACCAUUUACUGCAUUUGUCACAAAGUGAAUAUUUGCAAGGAUGUAGUUUUAAUAAGUGAUUUAUAGAAAUAUACAAUGCUUUUUAAAAA